GCCAACACUAGUUUCUUUCUGUUUCCGGCAUCUCGUGCUGCUGCUCGUACCGCGUUUUGUUCUAGUGUAAUAAAACUGGUCUCAACCAACAACAAUUAAAUAUGCCUGAGCUUACUGAAAUUACGGAAAGCGCUGCGGCCGCCUCGAGCGCAACUGGCACCACAGAGGCGAAGCUGGAGGACGCCCUUAGCGACACAGAGACCGAGGAUUCUAUCCCCGAGCUCGAGGAUGCUGGCGCUACCUCGGCACAGCUUUCGGCCGGUGAAAUUCCGGACAUCUCCAAGGCGAAACAAUCGCGCGGUGAGAAGAAGGCCCGCAAAAUCAUGUCGAAGCUUGGUCUGAAGCCAGUGCAGGGCGUGAACCGAGUAAUGAUCCGCAAGUCAAAGAACAUUCUGUUCGUGAUAAACAACCCGGACGUGUACAAAAACCCGCACAGCGAUACCUACAUCAUCUUUGGCGAGGCCAAGAUCGAGGAUCUGUCGCAGCAGGCGCAGAUGAAGGCGGCCGAGAACUUCAAGGCACCGGAACCCACGCCAAGCGCGGCCGGUGAAACGUCCGGCUCGACCAACGUCGUCACCCCGAUUGCCGAAGAGGAUGAGGAGGAGGUGGACGACACCGGCAUCGAUGACAAGGAUAUCGAGCUGGUGAUGUCGCAGGCCAACGUUAAACGUGCGAAGGCCAUCCGAGCACUCAAGAACAAUGAAAAUGACAUCGUGAACGCGAUCAUGGAACUAACAAUGUAACCUGUCCUCGCCGUCCGGGGAGAAGGUGCAGCGCAUUAUCGUGAAGCAAAAAUCCGCUCUAUUAGUGUCACCGAAAAGGCCAUGUUGGAAAUCACAUACAUACACAUUACGCAGAAGAGGAAGAAGGUCCGUGCGAGUGCCCUGUCCUUCUUGAGAAUGAAUUAUUGUGCAGGAUAAGCUUCGGUGCUCGCCGGCUUUGCUCGCAUUGCAUUGUAGGACGCGCGCAUCUGUGCCAUGCCGUGCGUGCGUUCAUGUUAAUGCUACUUUCAACAUUAACUUUACAUCCUUAAAACUGAAAAAAGUCUAAGUUUAUAUCUUAAAAACGGUAAUAAAAAUAACCACCAAAAG